GCCAUUCAAUCUAAGAAAAACACAUAAGUCAUGGAGUAACGGCAGUAACAUCGAACGGUUCCAUUGUUUGACGGAAUAUUUAGAUAAGAGCUAGAAAAGCCAGGAAACAUGCCAAGGACUAGAAGAUUGAGCAGGUAGAUAGGUAGAGGUUCGAGGUUCGAGGUGGAAGGUCGGUUGGGUCAUGUGAUAUGGCCAAUCACUUGAAAUUGGAAGUCCAGCAACCACGUAUAUUAUUAUAACAAGCCACUUCCCUUUCUAGUUUUUGGUACUAUACGGUGAUUCUAGUAUAUCCGAUAUCUGAUGUUUGGGCUGCGGUGCUGAUUUGUUGAUUUUUUCCCCUGUAGUCACGUGACACGACACUAUGAAGGGUUUUUCUCUCCUCCAUCUUGAGCUUCCCAUCUUGCACAGUACAGAGAGAUCCCGCUACAACAAAAAUACCAGCAAGCUCAUCAUCCCCGGCAUGAUGCGAAACAGAUAGGGUAAUCAAUAUAAACAGCGUCCUCAGAGCAGACAGAAUUGUCCGAGGCACACAAACCCAUUUCUAACCGAAGGGCGCCACUCCAUCCCAUUCUUGCUCCACCCCACAAGAGCCACCGAACCAGAACGUCCAAUUGGCAUCGAAUCCAGCCCCUUGGCACCCGGCAUGCUUAUCUCUAGGAUCCCACAAAACGAGUUUUCGGUACCGGCAUCUGACAUUUAAAAGUCUUUGUUUGGCUAGACUUGGACCCUGCGACUUCGGGGAAGUAGUUGAAGAGUUCUUGAUGCCACUGGAGUCAUAAAUCACGAACUUCACUCCAACAUCUUGGAAUCUGUAUCGCAUCUCUUGGAGAACUACUCUGGUCCAAGGCACAGGCGUUACCAGUCGACGAUUAUGUUGAACGUUCAGUCACAUCCGCCCGAAGUGGGGGCUGACUCACUCGAUGUCGAGAAGCACGCAAGCUCUGAUGUGGUCGAUGCCGUCGACUCAAAGCCACUGUCUAUCCAAAGGGAACCAGCAUGGCGGACGAAGUUGAUUGCACUUGGUAUCGAGGAGCGUGGAGUCUUACCUGUUCCUGUCAAGGAAAGGACCAGUGAUCGCUUCGUGAAUAUUUUCUCGAUAUGGUUCACCAUGAGCGUGACGCCACUAGCUAUUGUUACUGGAAUCCUCGGGACACUCAUUUUUGGUCUCAGUCUUAGAGAUGCAUCCCUCAUCACGACAUUCUUCGGCAUUCUCUGUUCGCUUCCCGUUGCGUACCUGUCAACUCUUGGUCCCAAGACUGGUCUUCGACAACUGAUUCAAGCACGGUAUAGUUUCGGACUUUAUGGUGCCUCACUACUAGUUGUCCUCAACCUCGCGACAAUUUCCGGAUUCGUAAUCAUCUCCUCGGUUAUUGGUGGUACGACACUUGCAGCUGUCAAUCCAGGAACCAUCAGUAUUGGAGCAAGCAUUGGGGUUCUCUCAAUCGUCGCACUGGUUAUAUCUUUUUGUGGGAUGAAAGUUCUUCACCAGUAUGAAAGAUAUGCGUGGAUUCCUGCGCUCAUUGCGAUCGUUAUUGCGACUGGAUGUGGUGGGAAGACAUUGACUCAGCAAGCGGUCGUGGAGCCAGCUUCUGCUGGUACAAUCGUCUCAUUUGGAGGUGUCAUUGCAGGCUACCUUAUUCCAUGGGCAGCACUCGCGUCCGAUUUCUCCAUCUACAUUAGCCCCGACGCGCCAUCCAAGCGCAUCUUCGCAUAUACCUAUCUCGGCCUCCUCAUCCCCACCGUCCUCCUCAUCAUCCUUGGCGCAGCAAUCGGCGGAGCCGUCCCAAGUAACCCAGAAUGGGUCCAAGCCUACGAAGACUACUCCGUCGGUGGCGUUCUCGCCGCUAUGCUCACCAGCGCCGGCGGAUUCGGCAAGUUCGUCGCCGUCAUCAUCGCUUUCUCCUUAAUCGGCAACAUGGCUGCAUCGCUCUACAGUCUCUCCUUGAACUACCAGAUCCUACACCCUAUACUCACAAAAGUCCCACGACCUCUCUUCGCAAUCUUGACAGUGGCUGUAACAAUCCCUGUUUCUAUCAGCGCAGCGUCCUCCUUCUUCGCUGCUUUGGAGAACUUCAUCUAUUUGAUUGCGUACUGGAGUGCAGCAUUCACGUCUAUUGUAAUUAUAGAGCACGUUGUAUUCCGGAAACAGAACUGCGAUACUUACGAUCAUGCGAUCUGGAAUUCGCCUCAAGAUCUGCCGACUGGGUUUGCUGCUCUUGGGGCUGCGAUCUUGUCGUUUGGUCUUGUCAUCCCGUGUAUGUCGCAAGUUUGGUAUACGGGGCCACUUGCGGAGACUACUGGUGAUAUUGGAUUUGAAGUUGCGUUGGUUCUUAGUGCUAUUUUGUAUGUGCCGAUGAGGAUGUUGGAAAUUAGGAUUAGAGGCAGGCUUUGAAGCCCUGGUGGUAGUAGAUUUUGUGUAUAGAUUGGUGCGUAUAUUUGGAUCAAACAUAAUAACUAGCAUAAAUAGAGUAAUAGUCUAUAUAAUAAAGUUUUGGAGACUGCAAAAUGAAAUGAUGGUCGUUGCAUGUCUUUAGCUUGAUAGUUGGCACAUCAUGGAGG